AUGGCUACUCUUGUAGAUGCAUGGAGAACGUUAUAUACAAUCACACUCCCAAAUCUUGCUAAAUUAAAGUCAUCAGCUCAAACACAUUGGCCAGUCCAAGCAGAUCACUGCUUUGCGCGAAUAAUACUCGAUUCCGUGAUUGGAAGAGGCGAGGAGUACACAGAGACUUCUUCCUCAGUUACGUCGACAGAAAACCGCAUCGCGACUCCUUGGACUGAGAGAUUGAAGUCUCCGGCCAUAAAAAAUAUGACUGAAGCAGAGUUGAGUCGAUGUGUGACUCUUGGAGAAGCGAUUGCUGGCGGAAAAGCCAACCUUGUCGAAUUAGACGAGAGGAGCCUAGCGGCCAGAGGCAAAGCAUUCAAGACCAGUAAAGGCCAUGGCAAACGGAAAGGCGAUGCCAAAAUCGACGAUACCGCUGCCCUGAGUCAACCUUCAAGCUCUGAACCCAAACCCAAGUUGAGACGCAGGGAUCAGCCAGACAUUCGUGCCGCUUUCGGUGCACCCCCAAAACCUUCUGCCUCCUCAGUACCUUCAGCAUCAAUUGACUCUGACCUUCGCGACCUUAUCGAAACCUCAGAAAUCACAGCUUUUAGAAAACGAGUACUGCUUGCACUAUGCCAAGUCCCAAAGGGUCAAGUAUCGACUUAUCUUGCUCUGUCGGAAUACUUGAACUCAGCACCACGAGCAGUAGGCAAUGCGCUGAGGAAUAAUCCUUUUGCUCCUAGAGUGCCGUGUCACAGAAUUGUGGCUGCUAACAAGACAAUUGGAGGCUUCAACGGUAGCUGGGGCGUCAAAGGGGAGUAUUUCAAUAAUAAAGUCACACUUUUGAAAGAAGAAGGCGUGAGGGUUAAUGAAAAGGAUGGCAGGAUAGGAAACACCGUUUGGACCGGGUUUGAGUAG